AUGUCUGAAACGACACUUCCCGAGCGGCCAGAAGCGCUCGUCAACAACGCAGCCGCCAAGCAGUACUGGGAGGAGGUCAGCGCCGACAACAACGGCAUGCUCGGUGGCUUUCCGUUUGUGUCGCGUGCAGACCUCCGGGUGUCGCGCAGCUUCUUGGCCAAGCUGGGCAUCGGCAGCAAGUCGGGCAUGCGGCGUGUGCGACUGGCCCUGGAGGGUGGUGCAGGCAUCGGCCGUGUGACCGAGGGCCUGUUGUUGGAUAUGGCCGAGGAGGUGGACAUUAUUGAGCCCGUCGCCAAGUUUACGGCGCAGCUGAAGGAGCGGUUGGGUGUGCGGUGGGUCUUCAACGUCGGUCUCGAGGACUGGGAUCCAACCAAGACCGGCGACACUGCCAGCGAAAGCAGCAACAGCAGCAGCAGCGGAAAAGAAGGGACAGAGGACGACAAGGAUGGAAACAAGCACCUUCCGACGUACGGACUCAUCUGGAUACAGUGGUGCACGAGCUACCUGAACGACAAGCAGCUGGUGGAAUUCCUGCAGCGAUGCGGGUCCGUUCUAGAGCCCACGACAGGCGUGCUCGUCAUCAAGGAAAACAUCAUGUCGACUGGCUUUGACGACUUUGAUGUGCUGGACAGCGGCGUGACAAGAGCGGACAAGUCCUUCCAGAGCCUCUUUUCCGAGGCCGGGCUACGAGUCGUGCGUUCCGAAGUACAAAACUUUCCAGAAGAAGCAGGACUGCUUCCAGUCAAGCUCUAUGCACUCAAGCCAAGAUGA